AUUUCUCUGGUCAAAUAAUAUUAUUAUAAUACCAGUUUUCUACGCUGAAAUGGAUAUGGAUAUAUUUGACCAAACACAAUACUGUAUAGAUAAAACCAAAAAAAAAAAUAUACAUAAAUUCGAAGAAGAAUCAAAUAAUGGUAUAUUAAGCGUAGUACCUUCGAAAUUGAAAUUUAAUUUUGAUUUCGGAAAUUUUAAAGUUCAAGAGAAAACAGUAGAAAUUACGAACUUUUUUGUUAAACCGUGUCCCAUUCGAUUUUUACCAUUGGAAACUCAUUAUUUCAGGUUUAAAGAUAUUUAUCAGAGAACAUGGCUCAAUCCUGGAUCUGUUUUCAAAAUGAAUAUUUUAUUUAUACCUGAUGAAAAUAGAGAUUAUAAUGACACUUUAAAAAUACUUUAUUACAAUGAUCAAACAACGCAAAUAAAAAUCUACGCGGAAAUGACGACCAAAUUUUCCUUUCCCACUAUUGUGAAUUUUGGACAUGUACCACUUGGUCGAACGGUUUGCUACAAAAUACCAAUACAUUCCCACGCAGAGAAAGAUUUUUCUUUCACUAUUAUACCAUUUAACGGAGGAUCGUGUGUCGACGUUUAUCCUCGUUGGGGUCACAUAAAAUCAAAGCAGAAUCCUGCAAUAAUUGCGAUUAUUUAUAGGCCUCUUAGAUAUAUAAGUAUGAAUUUUGAAAUUCGAAUAUUCAUAUCUGAUCUAUGCAAAAGUCCACAUAUUAUAAAUUUCUAUGCCUAUACUCGACCAGGUCUUUUACGGUGAGAAUACUUAUAGACACAAUUUCUUAUUAAGAAAGGAAAAAUAAUACAAAUAAAUAUAAUUUGAAAACAUUACUGAAUGAUUAGAGAAAAAUUGGAGACCAUCGAUGCAAAAAUGGAAAACAAAAUACAGCAGAAAAAUAUUAGCACAACUUUUUGCAAAGGAGCAAAACCAAUUUCCGUAAAGAAAAAUAAACCGAAAUAUUUAAAAGAAUCUACUAUGAAAUUCACAAGUUCCGAAAAACUUUUAUUAAAACAAUGUUAUUUUCCCCUUUACACAUUGCACGCUGUCAACUGUAUUUUAAAUUUGAAAAUUCGAAAAUUAUUUAACGAAUAUGAAUUAAAGGGUUAGAUUUUAUAUAUAUAUAUAUAUAUAUAGGCUUACAUGUAAAAUAUAUAUAAGAAGUAAAUUAUUUAUUUGUCAGGACCGUUGGGUGUAUUUUUAUUUCAAACUAUGGAGCAAAAAGUGCAAAAACUGAAAGAAUUUUUGGUAAAAGUAGAAAAUCGCUAUCGAGAAAAUGAACAAGUGAAAUAUCAUCAUAAGGUGAAAGUAAAUUAUGGAACAUCCAAUGUUAGUAAAAAUCAAAUUGUUGAAAUUAAAACACAGCAAGAACAAGCUUGGAAUGACUAUAAAGAUUUAAUAAUGACCUCAGAAAAAUGUAUCUUCGAACAAAAAAAGACUAAAGAGAGAAGGCAAAGAAUUUUAAGGGUUUCUCAAACUGUACACAUAUAUCUUAAUUAUAAAUUAUUUAUCUUAAAAAAAGAACUCUUUAUAACAAACCUUUUUUCUCAGUAUCCAAGUUCAAUCCCAACGUCGUCUCGGAAAGAAGAGCCAUUUUUUCACUAUUACAAAAUUCUCCCUUUUCUUCAAGUGGCUCGUAAAAUUGUGUUAAGGAAUCGAUUAAUAAAGGCACUUUCAAAAUUGCAAAACAUAACGCCCGAAUUAAUUAGCAAAUUUGAAGAACCAUUUGUAAAAAAUUAUUCACUUACUUUGAAAGCUUGAGAAACAGAGCGUUAUACGAUUUAUUGCGAGCCUUGACUGAAAGUUUAACAUUGUUAUUUAAAUUUGUAAUUUACUAUAAAAUGAUCAUUGCAAAUAUUUGUUUCAAAGUUACGCGCGUCAUCAUAUGAUUUAUAUCUAGGUGGCACUGUUACAAAUGCCGCCAAAACUUAGGAAAAAGCGUCUGCUCGUGGUUGAGAUCUGACAGAGAAAAUUUGCAAAAGUUGUGCAUAAUAUUCUUAAUGUAACUCUGUAUUUUAUGUAUUAGAUCUCAGAUUUAAAUAUAAAAAUAUGUGUUUCAAUUUGUGCACACAUUUGCAUUGAAUAAUUUAUACCUUUUUCAAUAACACUGUACACAUGGAUUUUUGUUUAACUUUCAACUGUAAUGGAAAAGUGAAUCUUAAUGAUUGGGAAUUAGAUAAAAAUGGUUUAUUCUCACGAGGAGAAGUGGAGAAAGUUUUGUAUCCACAAGAUGAAUGUCUCUCAUCAGAAAAAAAUAUACAACUUUUUAAUUAUACUGUGCCUUUUACAACAGCAUUGUUAGAUCUAAAACAUUUUAACAAAUGCAUGAAUAUGCAAUUAAAAAUACUCAGUAGGCAUGAGACUUAUAAUCAAGUUUUAAGUUCAAAGGCAGAUGAUAUAGAUUUUUAUUAUGUAAGAUGUAUAAUAUCAGAAUUUAUUCUAUAUAUUCGAAUAUAUCUAAAUAGUAUUAAAGGGAAUUAUCAAUCAUUGCAAGUUAUAAAUGAAAAUAUUGAAGAAGAAUUUAAUGAAUUAUUCGUUAUAAUAAAACAUUUCCUAGAAAGAAUACAUAAUAUUCCUGAUACAACAUUCCAUUAUGCACCCUCUAAAUUAGGCAAUCAGUGUACACAACUAGAAUAUCAUAUGUAUCAUAUGCACAUUGAAUUAAGGUGGUUCUUUAUCUCAUUAAUGUAUACAAAACAUAUAUAUAGCCAGUAUUCAAUCGAAAACCAUUUGGAUGAAUUUGAAAAUGUUCAAGCAAUGAUUAUUAAUGAUCUAAUUUAUAUUUCAUUAAAAAUAUUUGAGACGAUGCCUUUGACACAAAUACAACAGAAAACUCCAUAUAAUUGUACUUGUAUUCGUGAAUUAUGGCUUAUGCUUCAGAUAUUUAUUGAUAGUUUAUCAGAUAGAAUGAAAUCAAAGUCUUUUUGGGAGUAUAUUAAUGAAUGCAUCAAUAGAUUAUUGAACAGAAAUGUAUCUAAUAACAAUAAAGACUUUCUAACACUUUGCAAAAAUUCUGAGCUAUUCUGCUUAUGGAUUGUUCAUCAUCUUUCACUUUUAUAUGGAUACAAUAGUGAUGGAAUAUACUUAGGAUCUAAAUGUUCAAGGAUCAGGCCUAACUACGAGCAAGUAGAAAGAAUUUUGAAAACAUAUAUUUCUAAAGGUGGAAAAGAUGGUGAACGAGAUGAAAUUGAUGAAGAGUUAUGCAUUAUGAUACCUUUAUUAAAUACUAUUGUUACUAAUUGGUGGCACCCUCAAGUUUCAAUUAUUUCUCUUCUUUGGGACUGCUUUCAUAAAAGAUUAGACGAACCAUUUUUGUUACAAGUAUCUGGCCCUUGGACAUUGUCAGUUGAAAAGAAAACUACUAUGGAUCUUCUUAAACAAGUAAAAGAUAGAAUUACUAACACAGAAUGUAUUAAGGAAUCAAGUUAUGGAAUGUUCUUGCGUUUACUUGGAUCCUUUUUACGCAUAAAUUAUAAUAACAACGAUACAAAACAUUGGAAUCAAAUUAAAGGUCGCAUUUAUUCUAAAUUUUCCAAGGGUAAAGUUGAAGAAUUUUCAACAACUGGCUUAUAUAAUUUUCUUUCAUUAUUCUUAACAUUAGCUGUUACUGCUGAUACUACAAAUGUUGUAAGUUCUGAAUACAAUUAUUAUAAUCUUCUUCCAAAAUUUAUGUUCGUGAAAAUAGACAACAGAUUUAUAAUUAACUUUUUACAGUGUUCAGUAAUGUUAGAUCUUUUACCGUUAUCAAAAGAAUAUAAUAAUGAGAAUGGUAAAAAACAUAAUUUAAUUUGGAAAGGAAAACUGACUGUUCUUCUUUUAUAUAAUGAUCUUAAACUGAACUUGGCAAAUAUAGCAUCUUUAUAUAUAAAUACGGUGAAUAUUAUAUGCUGUCGCAAAGAUGAUACAUCUCGUAUAAUGAUGAAUAACUUCAUUGAUGUAUUUAGUACGAUUUUGUCAUCCACCAACAUUGGAUUAGGAAAAUAUUUAUUAUUUAGUGGAUGGAUAGAUCGAUAUUUAUUAGAAUGUUCAAAUAAAAUGGUAGGAACGUUAAUGAAAGUGUUAAUUAACGUUUUCGAAAGCUGCAUUUACCUCGCUAAAACUUCUAAUACAGGUGAUGUAGAACAGAUGCUGGAUGCUUUAUGGUGUUAUGUUGCAAGUAGAGUUAGACAACUUGUAUUUGAUCCUGCUCUUACUAAUGUACACUUUGAAGAUAUUUCAAAACUUGCUGUUUUAUUUACUUUGGAAGCAUUGAAAAAUCCAGCAACAGCAAAAAAGUAUAAGCAUUCAGCUACGACUUUAUUUCAGCACUUUGCAUCAUCAGUAAUUGUUAAAGACAUAAGAAUUACAAGACAUUAUUUGACAUUAAUACUUAAACAAGACCAAGCAAUUCAAGAUCUGAAGAAAGAAAUAAAAAAUUUUGAUACAAUAAUUAUACAAGCAUGGAUAAAAUGUUCCAUCAUUGGUCAUGAUACAAACAGGAAUGAAAUAAAAGUUUUACAAAAUUAUAUAUUACAAUUGGAAGACAUACAAAAGAUUUUUGAAACAUCUAAUGAUAUUCAAGAAUUUCAAAAUAACGAUGAGUCUAUUUUAAUGUUUAUAAUGCAUUCAAUGAAGAAAAGAAGCACUUUGAAAACUGAACAGGAACGAAUCCAGUACGAUAUAAAAUGGAGAUUGUAUUUCAAUCAUUUAGAAAAAUGGAUUCUUUUACCUAUUAUGGAGGAAACUAAAGAUUCAGAAUUGGCUUUAUGGAUAUAUAGAUGCAUUGGAACAUUAAUUCUCUGUACUUCUAUUAUGUUAUAUUCUAAAAAUCAACCAAAUAACAUAUUCAAAACAUUACUAAAUAAAACUAUAUUGUCAGUGGAACAUAAUUUUUUAAAGAAUUUGGGAAAGAAGACGUUUUCUAUGAUACUUUUGGGUAUGGAAACCCUUAAUGUUAAAAGUGAUAUAUCACUUCAAGUAUUAAUACGAGAUCUUUUUGAUCAGUACAUGCCAUUUUUAAUAAUACCAACUACUAAUGCGAAUACUUUUAAAGUAUCUGACUCAUUACUAAAAUGCUUUAAAGAUGCAAAAGCAGAUUAUAUACGCUUGAUACUUGAGAUUUUGAUGACGAAUUUUUUUAAUGUUUCGAAUGACAAUAUGAUGCAUAAACAUUUUUAUUUAGUAAUGAUACUUUUACAAAAUCUGCUUAAAGAUGAAAUAAAUUAUGCAUGUCAUAUAGUAGAAUCCAUUAUUGUAAUUUGUACAUCAUAUAUUAUUGGAUGCUAUGUAAAAGUUCAUGACCAUCAUCCACAUAAACAACAGACUAUUGACUUUAUAAAUAAUAUUAUUAGAAAUAGAUAUUACAAAGAGAAUAAUUCUUUACAGGAUAAGUUCUAUAAUAUAAUAUCUAGUUCUGUUAAAAAGUCACUAAUUAUAAAUCAGCAUAAUACUUUCGAACUUUUACGUUCGAUUUUACCAAUAUCGUCUGAAAUGGUACAAUUUUUAUCACCAGAACUUGAAUAUACUUUAAAUGAUUUGGAAAUCCAUCGACGCCCAAAUGCGGCAUCUUUUAGAUACUGCUGGAAUCAACUUCGAAAUCUUAUGAAAAGCAAUAUGACAAAUCACUAAUAAGUUUAAAAAAUUUAUUAAUAAAUGUCUGAGAGUAUCAUAAUGAUACUUCCUUAUUAUGCUACGAAUUGAUUAGGUACAUGUAAAUUACAC